UUUUAAUCAUCGAAUUCUUUGAUUAGAAACGCUUAUUUAAUUAUACAAAAAAAAAGAUUUAGUUCAAAAACCGAAGAUGCUUUCAUCUAAAACAUCUAAAAUAAAUAUCAGUGUUGAAGAUAGUUUUGAGCAAUAUCACAAUAGAAAAUUAGUUUACUUCAAUAAAAAAACCAAAAUUUAUUUGAAAAAUGAGGAAAUCAAUUAUUCGAUAAUGAAAGAAAAUAAAAUUCUCAUUAAAGUUGUUUCAAUCUCCCUCAAUCCAAUUGAUUUAUUGAUCAAAAAUAGUAUACCAAGGUUUUCAAGUUUUGAGAGACCAAUUUGUUCUGAUUAUGCAGGUAUAAUUGUUGAUGUUGGUAAAGUUCAAGAAGAAAAAGGUUGGAAAAUUGGACAAUCAGUUUGUGGAAACUUGCUUAAUUCUAUUUCAAAGGGUACAGCAGUUGAAUAUCUCUGUAUAGAUCCAGAUAAAGAGCCUAAUAUCGUUAAUUUUGAUCCAAAUGUUGUUGAUUACAAUGUAGCUGCAGGAUGGCCAACUGUGUCUUCAAUUGCUUAUGUGGUCAUAAAUGGAUUUCAAAGAAAACGUGAAAAGGAAGAAAACAAAAAAGAAGAUGGUGAAAAAAGAGAGACCCUGGGAAAAGAAGCAAAAUCAAUAGAUGAAGAUAGAAACAUUUUAGUUAUUGGAGGCUCAACAUCUGUUGGUAUGAUUGCGAUUCAAUUAGCCAAAAACAUAGGAAAGUUUAAUAAAGUUGUCACUAUGUGUUCCAAAGAAGGGUUUGGAUUAGCUGAAUCUCUAGGGGCAGAUCAUUGUGUUGAAUACCAUAACAAACAAGAAUUGAGACAAGAACUAAUUAGAAUAUCGAGUGAUAUAAAGUAUGACCUCAUAUUUGACUGCGUUGGAAAUAAAGAUCUUUUUAAAUAUAUUAAUGAAAUUAUGAAACCCAAAGAGACUGGAUCGAAAUAUGUGACAAUUGUUGGUGAUAGCAAGAGUAAUUAUGAAGAGGGUUUCAAGCUCAGGGCGUUAAUUUCCCCAGGAGUAAGACUUAUUGGAAGUCAAUUGGGCCAUCAUUCAGUGAACUUUAACUACUGGAUUCAAGUUGGUAAGCCCAGUGACUCCAUGUGGUUGAAGGAUGUGAUUGAAUUGAUUGAGACAGGCAAAUUAAAAGUUCCAGUUGACAGUGUUUAUAAGUUUGAGGAGUUCCAGGAAGCAUUUGAUAGGCUUUCCAAAAGUGUCGCCAAAGGAAAAAUCAUUCUUAGAGUAGCUGAAACUGUGUAGUUUGUUUUUUAAUUUGUAUUUUCUUUGAUAUAUUCUAUAAAAUAUAAUUUU